AAUGAGAACGGCAAGUUCUAUUUUAAAAAAUGAUCUGUCAGCUGGCAAGAAAGUCAAUGUAAUGGAUCUCUUUCUGCUAAAACUUCCUGGAGUAAACAGUCAUAUGUUUCAUGUAACACACGGCGAGGAAGCAGAAUUUCGCGAGCCAAUCCUUCCUCAAAUUGUAAAUAAAGUAAGAGAAAUGGAUGUUAUGGGGGUUCGAAGUGUCGCAGAAGUCCGACGUCAUUUGAGAAAUUUUGUCAAAACGGAAUUGUUUCGCGGGCAAGAACCACCAUCUGAAUUAAGUCGACGGUAUUAUCCAACAGAUAAUGAUAUACGAAAUAUAUUAAACACUUCACGUAUUGGAAAAAAAAAGGCAGAGGAUGAUCAAUUAAAUUUGCAAAUAAAAUGCGAUGAAUGGAGUGAAGCUUUCCCAAAAGAUUUUAUAUUUUGUCAGCUUUUGAAAGAAAAUGGUCUGGAGAAGAGGAAGUUUCUUUUCGUAUAUCAGUCUUGUUGGAUGAAGCGCUUAUUAUUGCGUUAUGGGAACGAAAUGUGUUUAAUGGAUGCCACUUAUCGCACAUGUAGGUAA